CUAGCGCCUCCCCCGGGUUGGGAGGCGAGGCCCCGCGCGGCGCCGGGGCAGCGCUUGUAGCGCGGCAAAGCGGCUGGGGCCCCCGUUCCCUGUAGCCGCUCACCCUGCAGCUGGGGCGGGAUGCCGAGCCUGCUGGAUGUCGGCGGGUUCAUGCUGGAGCGGGUGGCCACGGGCAGCCCCCUCUCCAUGGUGCUGGUUGCCGCCGCCUUCGUGCUGAGUCUGGGCUACCUGCUGCAGCUGGGUUUCCGGAGCCAGCCGCGGCCCGGCCAGGGGAAAUACCCACCUUAUAUUUCAUCUAAUAUCCCUUUUCUUGGACAUGCAGUAGCAUUUGGAAAAAAUCCUAUUGAAUUUUUAGAAAAUGCCUAUGAAAAGUAUGGGCCUGUGUUUAGCUUCACUAUGGUGGGCAAGACGUUUACCUACCUACUGGGUAGCGAUGCUGCUGCUCUAAUAUUCAACAGUAAAAAUGAAGACCUGAAUGCAGAGGAUGUAUACUCUCGACUGACCACACCAGUCUUCGGCAAGGGAGUUGCUUAUGAUGUACCUAACUCGAUAUUUUUGGAACAAAAGAAAAUGCUAAAAACUGGGCUGAAUAUAGCUCAGUUUAAACAACACGUGCCUGUAAUUGAAAAAGAAACAAAGGAGUACUUCAAAUCCUGGGGAGACAGUGGAGAAAGAAAUUUGUUUGAAGCUCUUUCAGAGCUCAUUAUUUUGACAGCAAGUCAUUGUUUACAUGGGAAAGAGAUCAGAAGCCUACUCAAUGAGAAGGUGGCACAACUGUAUGCUGAUCUGGAUGGGGGAUUUACUCAUGCAGCGUGGCUUCUGCCAGGUUGGCUUCCUUUACCUAGCUUCAGACGUAGAGACAGAGCCCACAGAGAAAUAAAGAACAUUUUCUAUAAAGUGAUCCAGAAACGCCGGCAAUCUGGGGAAAGGGAGGCUGACAUGGUCCAAACAUUGCUGGAUGUUACCUAUAAGGAUGGCCGUCCACUGACAGACGAUGAGAUUGCUGGAAUGCUUAUUGGGUUGUUGUUAGCAGGCCAGCAUACGUCUUCUACCACCAGUGCUUGGCUUGGCUUCUUUUUAGCUAGAGACAAAUCAAUACAAGAACAAUGCUAUGCAGAACAGAAAGCAGUUUGUGGAGAAGACUUGAGGCCCCUAAAUUAUGACCAGCUGAAGGAGCUGAACCUGCUGGACCACUGUCUAAAAGAAACUUUAAGGCUUAGACCUCCUAUAAUGACCAUGAUGAGAAUGGCCAGAACUCCCCAGACUGUUGCUGGCUAUACUGUUCCUCCUGGCCAUCAGGUUUGUGUCUCUCCCACUGUUAAUCACAGACUUAAGGAUUCUUGGAUAGAAAGUUUAGAGUUCAAACCUGACCGUUACCUCCAAGAUAACCCUACAGUUGGAGAGAAGUUUGCAUAUGUGCCAUUUGGUGCUGGCCGUCAUCGUUGCAUUGGAGAAAACUUUGCUUAUGUCCAGAUUAAGACUAUUUGGUCUACUCUGCUUCGUUUAUAUGAAUUUGAGCUCAUUGAUGGAUAUUUUCCUACGAUAAACUAUACAACCAUGAUUCACACACCUGAUAACCCAGUUAUCAGAUACAAGAAGCGAUCACACUAAGUUUUGGAGACAAAAUUAUUUCUGUAUUUAAAUUGUGAAAAUGACUGUUUUUGAAUAAGUUAUGACACAAUUAAAUGGUUAAUAUAAAAGCUGGUCCAUUGGAUGUGUAGUGUUAUGAAAGUGAGAUUAAUCUAACCAGAAAGUGUGAAAUUGUUGUAUACUGCACAGUACUGUAUAUUCUAAAUUAACCAAUUAUAAAAAUACUGUCUUUUCUACCUGUGUAACAAUUUUAAGGUGGAUGCUGCAUAUUAGUAUAGGUGAAUUCAACUGUUCAGUCAAAUCUUUUUUUACAAAGAUUAGAUGUUCACCUUUGUCCUAUCUUAAAUUUUAAUUGGUGCUUUAAAAAACCUACUUUCCUUGAUUCAGCUACUUUAAAGGGCAAGACUAAGCUCAUGGACAUCAGGGGGAACAGAAUCUGUUCUCUGAUGCUGGUGCGUAUUUUAAUGUGAACAAGUUGGGACAUGCUCCCUCUGCAGAUUUUCAGCCCUGUCUAUAUUUGCAGAAGGACAAAAGUCAGCAAAAAUUGCCAUGAGUUUUAAUUUAGAAAACCGUAACAUUUUCAGUAUCUUUCAAAUGUGACAGGUGAUUUAGGUGCUCAGCUUGAGACAGUUUUUGAAGGGUCUGGAUUUUCAAAAAGUGCUGAACCAUCCAUCCUCUGAAAAUUAGUUCUGUUUUAAAUUAUGUAAAAUUAGGCAUCCAAAAUAAUUAGUCACACUUGGAAGUCUUGGUUUCAGUGCAAAGAUCAGCAGUAGAACCUAACAAAACCAGAAUUAAUAGUUAAGAGUAAGCAUAUAAACUACACUUCUCAGAUAUCUUUAACUGUGUUCACUGUUUACUAAAGAAAGUGAAUGAAAUACCUAGUGUACUACUGUAUUAACUAGAGUAGUGUUUAGAGUGAUGUAGAGGGGAGAAUGGAUACGGGAUAGCAGUAAUAUAUAAUUAUUAUUUUUUAGAAGUGCCUGUUUGGGGGACAAAAAUAGUCUCAUCAAUAUUAAACCUUCUGCCACCCUUUAUUAUUAAAUCUUGGCAAUGUGGGCAAAGACUGAUGCUGCCUACAAGGAGACACAGUGAAUUAAUAAGGUUCUUCUCCCAUAAUUCCACAUGGCCUGUCCAAACUCCGUUCACAGGGGAAUGAGUAACUUAUUUCAGGACUGUUAAAUGUUGUACUUGUGUGGUGGAAAAUAGCUCUGAUGUGACUAUAAAUUUUAAUGAAAAAUUUCUGUAAAACUUUGUGAAGUAGUUUCCUGUGCUCAGAACGCUGUCCAUACUUUCAAAAAAAUAUAGAAAGGAGGCUCUUUUUACUUACUGCUUUAAAACUUCCUUCUUGUUGAAUUUUAAUAAAGGAAUGGAUCAGUGUGAACUUAAGCCAGUUUGAUGCUGACGGUAGUUAGUAACAAAACGUUGUGGUCACAACAAAGUGAAAAUCUCAGUGUCUAAAAAUGGGGAUGUGCUAGCUAAUAUAAAAUAAAGCUCUUAUCUGUCAAGCUGUUGCCUUAGGAAACUCCCCUUGCAUAGAGGCUGAGUAAAAUUAAUUCCUAAUUAUUUACUAUAAUAGAACAUCAUGCUGAGUCUGGACUUCUUCCCUAGGCAGCUGCUGGCAGCACUGCGGUGCUUAUCAUGAAUCCUCUUGCCUACCCCUGAAACUGAAAGCAAGAAAGGUGGUGAGAGUACAUUUUUGUUGUUUUUUUGGCAAGAGUCAGGGUUUAGUUACCCUUUAAUAGUGUGCAUGAGAAAUACUCCUGUAAUUAAAAUAACCUGAAACAACAAUUAAAAGGAUGAAGUC